GUUGAUCAAUGGGGAUAACGACGGAACGGAUGUUCUGACCCAUAGCGAUGGCGUCUAGUUCUCUCCCGAUCCCUCAACCUCCGCGAACCCCCUCACCUUCACCGGACAGUCAAGACCAGCGCAGUUUGGCUCCAGAGCCUCAGUACGAUCCAAAGGCGCUCUCGCCCAUGCACGGAAUCAUGCAGAGCGAACGACUGAAUGUCAAUGCCCCUAAUAUGGCGCCAACGAGCCCGACGAGCCCGUCUUUCGGCGCAUUUCCGACUCAUGGAUCAAAUACAAAUGCCGGGUCAGGGACUGUUGAUCCCAAUCCAUUCAAUUUUCAGCCUAUGGCUUUGGCAAAGUCCCCAGUGAUGAAAUCGAAUAUUGGUCAGCGGCGUGGUCACAAAUACAAGCAUAGUAGUAUUUCGCAUCAAAUCUUUCUAGAACCACCCCCUCGCGCCCCAUUAGCAUUACCAGCCUCCUUACCGAUACCCACGCUCAAAGAAUGUCGAAGUAGCAUGUCCAAGGAUCAGAAAACGAGGUUUUGGUGGAGUGUGUGCCACAUGUUGAUUGCUGGAUACACUCUAUGGUCGGCUCAUGGCUCUCUCGCAAUGAUGGCACUUUCUCACCUUAUAUUAUUUGAUUCGCUCGGUGCGCUUCUUUGUGUUAUAGUCGACGUCCUAGGGAAUUUCGAAGUGUGGAAACGGUCCAGCGUUCGCCAUCCUUUCGGUUUGGAGCGGGCAGAAGUGCUAGCGGGAUUUGCCUCAUCUGUCUUGCUCGUGUUCAUGGGCAUGGAUCUGAUUUCUCACAAUCUACAGCAUUGGCUUGAAUCCUCUCCAGGCCACCAGCCGCACCAUUCACAUGAACACGAUCGUGUGUCGGCUGGUUCAGUCGAUCUCACCGCGAUCCUCGCAAUUGGCUCGACCCUGGUGUCCGCUAUUGGGUUGAAGAAUCAUGCGCGCAUUGGCAAAUCGAUGCGAUUCGCAUACAUUGAAUCCCUUCCGUCUGUUCUCAGCAACCCAUCCCACUUCCUCACGCUUUCAUGUUCUGCCUUGCUUCUAAUUUUGCCUUUGCUUUCCGUUUCACUCUACAGUUGGUUAGACAAGCUAUUGUCGCUGUCUAUGGCUAUUUCUAUGUGCAUCCUCGGAUCGCGUAUUGUGAAAACUUUGGGGUCAAUGUUGCUCAUGUCCUUCUCUGGCAAUGGCGUCAACGAUGUGAUGCGAGACAUUCAAGCUGAUCCUGCCGUUACAGCGAUUGAUGAUGCCAGAUUUUGGCAAGUGCACUAUGGUUUAUGCAUGGCAAAUCUGAAGCUCAGGGUCACGGGCACUGAGGAAACCUUGAUUAAGCUUCGGGAAAAGAUCACGAGCUUGAUAAGGAAUCGACUAGGUGGAGGGUAUGGAUCAGGAGGUCAAAAAUGGGAGGUGACCCUGCAGUUUACUGCAGAAAGACUGUAAUCUUAACAUUCAUAUUUGUAAAUAUAUUAUCUUCUUUCUUCUCGCUCUAA